AUGGAUGACGACUUCUUCGCCGGUCAUUUCAAGCUAGACGUCAGCUUAAAGGAAAACCGCAGCCGCCAGGUCUCCUACACGUCAGAUCCUCGAAGGGGAAUCCGCAAGAAAAGAACCGUGACCAUCUGGAACAAAGGGAAAUUUUUGGCACACAAUGUGUAUCUCGAGCGAACAGGUCCGGGAGAUGUUCGAGUCGUCAAACAAAUACUUCGGGAGGAUACAUCACUCGACCGGUGUUUAACCGAGCUGCGUGCGAUGGGCAGAUUGUCGAAGGAAAAUACGCUCUUUGUUCAGUUUAUCGGCUGGUUUGAAUCAUCCAGUCAUUUCUAUUUCGCCAUGGAAUACUGCCCCCUGGGGGAUGUUGCUCAUUGUUUUCCGAAUCCGCUGUCUGAAGCAGCGACGAGGGCCAUCGGCCGCCAAGUGAUCGAAGGAUUGAGCCGGUUGCACGAGAUAAAAAUCAUACAUCGAGACAUCAAGCCGCAGAACAUUCUAGUGCAGCAGAAAGACCCGAUCUGGGUGAAGAUUGCUGAUUUCGGAAUCAGUAAACGGGUCCUCGACGGAGAAACCGACCUCCGUUCUCGAGUGGGCACAGAAGGUUAUAUUGCCCCUGAAGUGUUCGGGAUCAUAGAGGUUGACGAAGAGAGCUCGAGAUACACGAGCGCAGUUGACGUCUGGUCUCUGGGAUGCUUACUUCACUAUAUACUCACCAAGGAGCCCCCAUUUCCCAAACUUACUACUCUCCAGUAUUACUGCUGUGAUGAAGAUUCAGUGUUCCCGGAGGAGAAACUGUUCACACAAGGUGUCGGAAUUUCUGGACGGAAUUUUAUCAAGAGGCUUCUGGGCGUCGAUCCUGGAGCUCGACCCAAGGUAACUUCCUUGGAUAUUAUGACCCAGUGGAAGAUUGCAGGCGCGCCCCAGAUGCUGUCAUCUUCUAAACCAGGGCCGUCUCACAUCCAGAAUGUCCUACUCGAAUGCGACCAGGAGCCGAAUCAAAAUGACCUAUCGAUUCAGAAUGACCCAUCGGAUCAAGAGGAGCAAAUGGUAAAAACCAUCUCUAUCAUCCUCAAACUGUAG